UAAGAGUGGGCGGGACAUCCUUCAGAAAUGCAAUACUUCUUUGGUGUCAGUAGCUUCAUAAUUUUUUUUGGGGGGGGGAAAUUGUUUUAAGCUUCAGAAUUUGUGUGUUGUCCUGACAAAGUUGCUGGAGUUUAAUAAUAGCUAUAGAGAUUAAAUUGCCUACAACGUACAGUUCUGUUAUGGAACUGGACAAAAUGGACGAGAACGACUGGAAAUAUCACGGAGAGGGCAACAAAAGCCUAGUGGUUUCUAAUGUCCAGCACGCCAGAGUCCUUCGUCUCCUGAAAUAUUCUACAGAAGAUGCCGAAAACUCACAUAAGACAACAGAACAAGCUUUCCGCCACAUACAGAACAUUGUUGACUAUAGUCAAAAUGUCAUGAAGCCACUGCUGGGGGAGAAAUUCGUCCACAACGGAGAGGCUGUGAAGCUCCCGCUGGACUUUGUCCGACAGCUGUCAUUGAAGGUUCAGCAAGAAAGGCCAGAGUCUCGCUGUGAUAAAGUGAUGGAUACGUUUAGUGGAUGUGCCUUGUGUCUGCCUAACCUCACCCAGCUCUCCUGCUGCUGCAGCAGAGAACACAGACCUCCUCUCUGUAUAGAGAUAAAGCCCAAAUGUGGAUUUCUGCCGUCCUCUAGACACGUUACGAAGGAAAUCAAACACAAGGUGUGCCGCUUCUGUAUGCAUCAACAUUUUAAGUUGGCCCACGGAAAGUGGAAACGGCUGAGCCGCUACUGUCCUUUGGACCUGUUCUCAGGGAACAAACAGAGAAUGUCUCUAGCCAUCAAGCACUUGAUAGAGGAACCUCAAAACAACUUUAAAAUCUUCAAGGGUGGAGAGUGUAUCUACAGCUGUAAGGAUGAUGCCGACGUGUUACAGGACGUAGAUGAAUUGGCUCAGCAUCUACGGCCAUACUUCCUCCCUAGUGGCAGCCUUAUGAACGGACACCAGUCCAGUAAGGUGGUUCUGAAUGAGUUGAUCCAGGUGAUCGUGAGCGCCCUGUUGAGCUCCUGGGACCCCAGGAAGACUCGCCUGUCUGAGGGCAGAGUGAGGUGUGAGGCCAGCCUCCCGCACCGGGACCUGCUACGCAACACUAACCACUGCCUACCCAAAGAUUGUGUCCUGGACAAAAUCCUGGGGACUCAGAUGCUGGAUAGUUUAGACAUUGAGGGGUUAAACCCCCUGUUUAAACGAGUGGAGCAGCAUCUACAUGACUUUCCUAAAGAGAGAAGUAGCCUUCAGAUAGAUGGGCCGUACAGCCAGAGCUUCCUGGAGAAGAUCCAGAACUGUCCAACCGAAGACGAUGGCUCUAUCGAGUACGCGGUCAGAAAGGUCCACCAGUACAGAGUUGCCAUGACGGCCAAGGACUGCUCUAUCAUGAUCACCAUAGCAACCUGUGGAGAGGAGGACGGGUUGGACCAGAGCCUGGAGAUCCAGCCUUCGAAGCCUCACUUCACCUACUCCGUGUCCAUCCUAGACCUGGACCCUAAACCCUACGAGAGCAUUCCUCACCAGAGCAGACUGGACUCCAACAUAGUCAAUCACUACCUGAGGAGCACUCUGCCCAAUAACCAGGAACUAGCCAAUCAGAGUGUCUUCCUGGGUUGGGAUAGAGAAGGAGAGGAUUGUACUCUGGUGUUCCAUCCUGUAUAACCACUCCCUCCCCCGUACCCUAACCCCUCCCUCUCCUGUACCCUAACCCCUCCCUCUGCUGUCUGGCCUCCCGCUUGGUGUUACCAACACACUCCCUCUGCUGUCUGGCCUCCCGCUUGGUGUUACCAACACACUCCCUCUGCUGUCUGGCCUCCCGCUUGGUGUUACCAACACACUCCCUCUGCUGUCUGGCCUCCCGCUUGGUGUUACCAACACACUCCCUCUGCUGUCUGGCCUCCUGCUUGGUGUUACCAACACACUCCCUCUGCUGUCUGGCCUCCCGCUUGGUGUUACCAACACACUCCCUCUGCUGUCUGGCCUCCCGCUUGGUGUUACCAACACACUCCCUCUGCUGUCUGGCCUCCCGCUUGGUGUUACCAACACACUCCCUCUGCUGUCUGGCCUCCCGCUUGGUGUUACCAACACACUCCCUCUGCUGUCUGGCCUCCCGCUUGGUGUUACCAACACACUCCCUCUGCUGUCUGGCCUCCCGCUUGGUGUUACCAACACACUCCCUCUGCUGUCUGGCCUCCCGCUUGGUGUUACCAACACACUCCCUCUGCUGUCUGGCCUCCCGCUUGGUGUUACCAACACACUCCCUCUGCGUCUGGCAUCCCGCUUGGUGUUACCAACACACUCCCUCUGCUGUCUGGCCUCCCGCUUGGUGUUACCAACACACUCCCUCUGCUGUCUGGCCUCCCGCUUGGUGUUACCAACACACUCCCUCUGCUGUCUGGCCUCCCGCUUGGUGUUACCAACACACUCCCUCUGCUGUCUGGCCUCCCGCUUGGUGUUACCAACACACUCCCUCUGCUGUCUGGCCUCCCGCUUGGUGUUACCAACACACUCCCUCUGCUGUCUGGCCUCCCGCUUGGUGUUACCAACACACUCCCUCUGCUGUCUGGCCUCCCGCUUGGUGUUACCAACACACUCCCUCUGCUGUCUGGCCUCCCGCUUGGUGUUACCAACACACUCCCUCUGCUGUCUGGCAUCCCGCUUGGUGUUACCAACACACUCCCUCUGCUGUCUGGCCUCCCGCUUGGUGUUACCAACACACUCCCUCUGCUGUCUGGCCUCCCGCUUGGUGUUACCAACACACUCCCUCUGCUGUCUGGCCUCCCGCUUGGUGUUACCAACACACUCCCUCCCCCGUACCCUAACCCCUCCCCUGUACCCUAACCCCUCCCUCCCCCGUACCCUAACCCCUCCCUCUCUCCCCUGUACCCUAACCCCUGUACCCUAACCCCUCCUACUAUCCCCAGACUGAACGCUGCUGUGGAACUGAUAGAGCAAAGAGUGAAUGAACUGAACUGGGAAACAUCCUUUUAAAAACUAAAAUGAUUUGCCAUAUUAUAUAACCUGAAUUUAGGAAACGGUGGGCUGGGGUGAAGAAGGCUGUUUUUAAAGGCAUUGAUUAUGGUUGUGUCCCAAAUGGCACCUUAUUCCCUAGGGGCCUUGGUCAAAGGUAGUGCACUAUGUAGGGAACAGGGUGCCAUUUGGGAAGCAGACUAUGGUGGCACAUAUGACCCCGGGGUCUUCCGAAGCUCAUACCAGGAAGUGACAUCUCAUGGUGCGAGGCUCUGAGAGACCAAGGAUACAUCAAGUCUUUCCUUGGAUCCCCUGAUUCCUAGGCUACUCUCGCCCAGCCUCCAUCUCGUCUCGCCCAGCCUCCAUCUCGUCUCGCCCAGCCUCCAUCUCGUCUCGCCCAAGCCUCCAUCUCAACACAUCAGAGAGAAGGGAGGAUGAGAGCAUUUCAGUAAAUCUAACUUCCUAAGGAACUUCCUUCUCCAAUGCUCUCCUCCUCAUGGCCCUCUGAAAACGUUGAGAAGGAAGCGAAGAGAGGUCGCAGGACAAUGAGGAAAGACUUUGUGCACCCCCAGGGGUACAACGGAGCCCGUUGGGACUAAAGUGUUGACGCUACGCAGCGCUAACAGAACCAGCGCUGGUCGUGUUUUCAGCACAUUGCCCAGCUUUUCAGAAGUGGUGUGUGUGUGAUGGCUGGAACAGAAACGGUUCCCUAUGUAGCCAACAGGACUCUGGUCAAAAGUGGUACACUAAUCAGAGAACAGGAUGCCAUUUCAGACACACCCAGCUUCUCUUCCAGUGAGAGGGGCUUAAACCUAAAAUGUCUGACUUGAAUAUCUGUCGUGUUGGGACUUGCCCGGAGAAAUGAAGAUGGUUUUUAUAAGGUUUCAGAGAGAAAUACUUGUCAUGUUGCAUGAAAUGGGUCUUCCACUUAAUCAAGUUGUGCUUUUCAAACCUCUCUUCGGGGGCUGGAGUGUGCCAGCUCUGUAAUAUAUCAAACACAUGGAACGGCAGGAGGUCCCUGACUGAGGGAAAACCCCCUGCUGCAGGAGGUCCCUGAGGGAAAACCCCCUGCUGCAGGAGGUCCCUGAGGGAAAACCCCCUGCUGCAGGAGGUCCCUGAGGAGAGGUUAUAACCCCCCUGCUGCAGGAGGUCCCUGAGGAGAGGUUAUAACCCCCCUGCUGCAGGAGGUCCCUGAGGAGAGGUUAUAACCCCCCUGCUGCAGGAGGUCCCUGAGGAGAGGUUAUAACCCCCCUGCUGCAGGAGGUCCCUGAGGAGAGGUUAUAACCCCCCUGCUGCAGGAGGUCCCUGAGGAGAGGUUAUAACCCCCUGCUGCAGGAGGUCCCUGAGGGAAAACCCCCUGCUGUAGGAGCAAACGGUGGCAUAUCUCCCAGGGUUUCUGUCCCAAAUGGCACCCUAUCUAGUGCACAAUUUUUCACCAGGACCCAUAGGGCACUAGAUAGGGAAUAGGGUGCAGACCCAGUAACAUGGAAACAUAGUGAAGCAAACCACUGAUCUGAAUAACAAUUUAUGACUGGAUUAACCAACACGGUUAUGUCCCAAAUGGCACCCUAUUCCCUAUAUAGUGCACUACUUUUGACUACAGCCCCCCCCAUAGGGCGGCGCACAAUUGGCCCAGCGUCGUCUGAGGGAGGCCGUCAUUGUAAAAAAAAUAAGAAUUUGUUCUUAACUGACUUACCUGGUUAAAUGAAAUAGGACUCUGAUGAAAAGUAGAGCCUUUUUAUGUAGGGAAUAGGGUGCCAUUUCAGACAAACACUUUUUAAAAGUAAAUCACACGCACUGAGAGACCUAAGAGAAUAACACUGUGAGACCUAAGAGAAUAACACUUGUGUGUACAGUAUAAACAAAUUACAUUGGACAUUGCUAUAUAGCAUUUUGUAUUUAAAUUCUUUUUAUUUUUCUAGAUCUUCAACUAAUGCUAUAUUGACAUGUAUACCUACAGAUGGCAUUAACAGAUAUUUAUAAAUGUUUGAGAGUAAAAAAUUGUUUAUAUUUAAUAAACUGAUGACAGAGAA